UGAUUGAUUCGACCCAUGCCUUUAGCCUUCGGUGCCCGAAUGGUAUACAUUGAUCUGAGAGAGAUGCCUUUGCGCAUUCAUAACCCUAAUUAGAAACGUCGAGUUUGAUACCGGAGUUGAGUUGAGGGGCGAAAAUGACUUUCAAGCGCAGAAACGGCGGACGCAACAAGCAUGGCAGGGGUCACGUCAACUUCAUCCGCUGCUCUAACUGCGGCAAGUGCUGUCCUAAGGACAAGGCUAUCAAGAGGUUCCUCGUGAGGAAUAUAGUGGAGCAAGCUGCCGUGAGGGAUGUGCAAGAGGCUUGUGCCUACGAUGGAUACACACUUCCGAAGUUGUAUAUCAAAGUGCAGUACUGCGUGUCCUGCGCAAUCCACUCAAAGGUUGUCAGGGUGAGGUCUCGCACAGAUAGGAGAAACCGAGAGCCACCACAGCGCUUCAGACGUCGGGAUGAUCUGGCAAAGCCUGCCCAAGGCACUCGCCCAGUUGGGGCUGGAAAUCCUACCCGUCCAUGACCAUGCACACAUGGGGACUCAUUGGUUUGUUUCCGUUUCAAAGACAGAAUUUUGGUGGUUGAGGUGUGGUACUGUUCGAUCAGUUUUCAAGUCUUGUUUGGGUUUAACUGAAAACCUCAACUUUUAAGUUCCUAGUUAGUGGAAGUUCUUUAUUACAGACUCAUCCGUUUGUGAUGUUCAUGCUUUUCAACCUUCUAUUUGAUCACAUCAUUUGCUCUUGCUGUUCCAA